ACAUGUCCAUGUUUUGGAGGAAGUGUAACCAGUGUGAGCUAACGUCAAGUUAGUUAGCUAGUAAACUGCUUUCUAUUUCCAUCUUAAAACGGUGUCUAUAACGUAUUUCAACUAAAUGGACGUAUUUUCAUUACUGUAGUUAUUGUACCGUUGGGGCUAGUGUUUGUUGACGUAGCUAGUUCCGUAGCUGUAAAUUGUCUCGGGUUAGAUGCACAUGCUAGGCUAGCAUGGGUCAACAUCCCAGGGCAGUUUGACCCGCAAGGAGUUUGAGCUGUUGAGGAGGGACUGCUCAGCUGGUUCAUCAUGAAGACCAAUAAGUCGUACAAGCUUGUGCUGCACAAGAAAGGCUUUGGUGGUAGCGAUGAUGAGUUGGUUGUCAACCCAAAAGUUUUCCCUCAAGUCACUCUAAGGGAUAUAGUUGAGAUUGCACACCCCACAGAUGAAUACAGUCCUCUCCUGCUGCAAGUGAAGAGUCUAAAAGAAGACCUUCAGAAAGGUUGUUGUUAUCUAGAGACGAUCAGUGUGGACCAGACUGUAGCACAAGCCUUUAAGCUGCGUGCUUACCAGGAUGUCAUUGUUAACAUUGUUGACCCGAAGGAUGUUACACUUGACCUGGUGGAGCUGACGUUCAAGGACCAGUACAUCGGCAGAGGAGACAUGUGGAGACUAAAGAAGAGUCUGGUGAGCACAUGUGCUUAUGUGACGCAGAAAGUGGAGUUUGCAGGAAUCAGAGCCCAGGCCAGUGAACUCUGGGUGAAGGGAGAGAAAGUGACCUGUGGUUACAUCAGUGAAGACACCAGGGUGGUGUUCAGAUCCACAUCUGCAAUGGUGUACAUCUUCAUCCAGAUGAGUUGUGAGAUGUGGGACUUUGACAUCUAUGGGGAUCUCUACUUUGAGAAAGCUGUAAAUUGUUUCCUGUCUGACCUUUUUGCCAAGUGGAAGGAGAAGAACUGCAGCCAUGAGGUGACAGUUGUGCUUUUCUCACGUACAUUGUACAAUGCCAAAACUAUUGAUGAAUUCCCUGAGAUUCUGAGAGGGUCCAUCAGACAGGAUCACGAUGGACGUUUUUAUGAAGACUUCUACAGGGUCGUGGCUCAGAAUGAGAGACGGGAUGAGUGGACUUCCUUACUGGUCACGAUCAAGAAGCUCUUCAUUCAGUAUCCUGUCCUGGUGCGGCUGAAAGACGCAGGAGAUGGUUUUCCUGGUGGUUACAACUCCACUGCUGCCCAGGGAAACUACCUGGAGGCCAUUAACCUUUCAUUCAAUGUGUUUGACAAGCACUACAUAAACCGAAACUUCGACCGCACCGGCCAGAUGUCAGUGGUCAUCACACCGGGGAUGGGAGUGUUUGAAGUCGACCGUCUGCUCAUGAUUCUCACCAAGCAGCGGAUGAUUGACAACGGUAUUGGUGUAGACUUGGUGUGUAUGGGCGAGCAGCCAUUGCACGCAGUUCCGUUAUUCAAGCUGCACAACAGGACGACGCCCGGAGACUCUCGUGUGGGCGACGACUAUAACCUUCCUCACUGGAUUAACCACAGCUUCUACACCUCCAAAAGUCAGAACUCUUGUAGCUCCUUUACACCCCGAAUCAAACUGGCUGGACGCAAGCUCCACGCUGAGAAAUUCAAGAGCAGCAAGGACCACACUCUCUGUUCUCCAAAGGACUCUGAAAACAGCCUGCCCAUUCAGGUGGACUACGAUGCCUAUGAUGCUCAGGUGUUCAGACUGCCUGGUCCGUCACGCAUUCAGAGAAGCACUACCUUCAGAAUGGGUCGAGACAAAGAUAUGAGUGGGAGGAAGAGCUGGGGCUCGGUGGACAUCAGUGCAGGCAUAGGCGCGUCCCCGCCUGUUCGCUCUGGAGGUCCGGAGGAACAGCGUAGCCUGGCCUCUGAUGACAGUCUGGGCACUGUGUCCAACAUGCUGCUUAUACCCCGCGUGCCUCCAGCACAGUAUGAAGUCAGCAGCUCCCUGGGAUACACCAGCACCAGAGAGUUGUUGGAGAAGCUGAUGGACCCACAGCGGGACUCAAGUGCCCCGGGCAGGUUCACAGUGGGAAGUGCUGAGUCCACCCUGCACAUCCGUCCAGGAGGUUACACCCCUCAGAGAGCACUCAUAAACCCCUUCACCCCAUCCAGGAUGCCCAUGAAGCUCACCUCCAACCGGCGGCGCUGGAUGCACACCUUCCCUGUUGGACCUUCUGGAGAGGCAAUCCAGAUUCAUCACCAGACCAGACAGAACAUGGCGGAACUGCAGGGCAGCCAGCAGAGAGACCCCGCCCAAACCUCCGCUGAGCUGCUGGAGCUGGCCUAUCAUGAAGCCACUGGAAGGCGAACAGCCUCUAGGCAUGCAGGAGAGAACGGCCUUUACAUUGUUGGAGGGAUGGGAGAGUUUACUGGAAGUCCAGGUAGCAACAACACCAAUGGAACUCUAACCAACCGCGGCUCCACAUUUGAAGACUUUUCCCUAAGUGGUGCCGAUCCAACCCUGCUGCUGUCUGCGCCCCCGUCAGUGCCCAGCUUCUGCUGCACAGUGGGAGUGGACUGGAAGUCUCUGACCACACCGGCCUGCCUGCCCCUCACCACCGACUACUUCCCCGACCGCCAGGCGCUACAGAACGACUACACCGAAGGGUGCUACGACCUACUGCCGCACAGUGACCUGGAGAGGCGGGAAGAUGAAGCUCCAGUGAUGAGUGCUUCUCAGGUGUUUGAGGAGUUUAUCUGUCAGAGGUUGAUGCAGGGCUACCAGAUCAUCGUCCAACCCAACAACAGGAAACCUCCGCCCGCUGUGGCCACACCGCUUGGCAGCAGUCCUCUUUACUCCCGAGGUUUGGUCUCUCUGCGUCGAGCAGAGGAGGAGGAGACCGUUUAUUGGCUCAGCAUGGGCCGGACCUUCCAUAAAGUUUGCCUGAAAGACAAGAUAAUCACUGUCACUCGCUACCUGCCCAAGUACCAGUAUGAGUCAGCACAGAUCCAGUACAGCUACAGCCUCUGUCCUCCACAUUCUGAUGCUCAGUUUGUGUCCUGCUGGGUGGAGUUUGGCCAUGGGAGACUGGAGGAAUACAAGUGGAACUACCUGGACCAGUACAUCUGCUCUGCUGGCUCAGAGGACUUCAGUUUGAUAGACUCUCUGAAGUUCUGGAGGACUCGCUUCCUCCUGCUGCCCGCCGGAGGAGCUAGGCGGGUGGCAGACGGGGAGGGGCACUGGGAUGUUUAUGGGGAGGGAGCAGGUGCUGGGAUGGGUGGCAACGGGGACUGGAUCCUGCUGGAUGGCUUUAUCCGGUUCCUGGAGGGUCUCAACCGUAUCCGGCGUCGCCACCGCUCCGAUAGAAUCAUCAGACAGAAGGGCACACCAUUGAAAGGACUGCAAGUUACCAGUCCCCUCCCUCAGUAUCCUACCGAGCCUGUGGUGCCCCCACAAGGCAAGAAAGGCACAUCAGCUUUAUCAGCCUUACUGGAGAUGGAUCAAAACCAGAAGACUCUGGAGGAGCAGCAGGCAAAGCCCUCAACAGCCGUCACUGACCCCUCAAGUGUUGCCACAGCUCCCACUUAUGUAGACAGUCCUCGCAAGGACGCUGCCUUUAUUUUGGAUUUUAUACGUAGCCCUCGCUCCUCCUACAUCUAUCAUUCUCAGUUUCCCGCUGAAGCCAGCGAGGCUGCAGACAAAGGAGUCCAGCCAGCAGUGAUGGCUGGAGCAGCAUUAGCACAGCCAGCAGGAGAGGCUGCAGCCAGCAGCAGCACCUUAGACACCAGUGGGCAGUCGGGAGCCCUUUCUCUGUCUUCUUCCUCAACCCUCUUGGAGAUCCUGGAGGCCAUCAAACAUCCCACGACAGGUGUACAGCUGCUGCCGGAGCAGAAAGGUCUGCCACUCAACUGCUUUAUUAGCGCAGAGGUCGUACAUUGGCUGGUCAACAAUGUGGACGGUGUGGCCACGCAAGGAAUGGCUGUGGAUAUCAUGCAGAAAAUGUUGGAUGAAGGAGUGGUGGCCCACGCUUCUGGAGAUGCCAUGCGCACCUUCGUCUACGGAUUCUACUUCUACAGGAUAGUAGACGAGAAGGAUGGCCCAACCUCGCAGCUUCCCACCGCGGCGGCUGGAGGUUGGUCUACUGCAGCACUGGAGGACUUUGCUCUGUUCCAGAGGAAGUGGUUCGAGGUGGCCUUUGUGCUGGAGGAGCGGCGACCCUGCGACCUCCCGGCCUUCCUCCUGCCCUGGCUGCCCAGCCGGCCAGCCUCCUACGCAAGUAGGCACAGCUCCUUCAGCCGCAGCUUUGGGGGACGCAGCCAGGCCGCCGCACUGCUAGCUGCUACAGUCCCGGAGCAGAAGACGGUCACUCUGGAUGUGGACGUUAACAACCGCAGUGACCGAACGGAAUGGUGCAGCUGUUAUUACCACGGCAACUUCUCCCUCAACUGUGCCUUUGAGAUCAAGUUGCACUGGAUGGCUGUCACUGCUGCAGUGCUUUUUGAGAUGGUUCAAAUGUGGCACCGGAAAGCAGCGUCCUGCGGCUUCCUGUUGGUCCCUGUGCUGGAGGUACCUUUUGCUCUGACGUCGUACCUGUACGGAGAUCCACUGAGAGCGCAGCUCUUCAUCCCUCUGAACAUCCACUGUCUGCUGAAGAACAGCAGCGACAACCUGUUCGAAGGUUUUGAACCAGAGACGUACUGGGACAGGAUGCAGCUCUUCCAGGAGGCCAUACUGUACAGAUUUGGCUUUGUGCACGACAAGUUUUCGGCUUCUGCUUUUAAUUUCCCCUCCGAUAACAAGCCCCAGUACAUCCACGUAACAGGCACCGUGUUCCUGCAGCUGCCGUACUCCAAGAGGAAGUACUCGAGCGGGCAGACGCGCAGACGCAGGAACUCCACCAACUCCAACAGCCAGGGGCCGUUUGGCAGCGAGGAGCGGGUCGGUUACUACUGGGCCUACAACACCAUGCUGACCAAGGCCUGGAGGACGGGCGUGCUGGGCGACGAGAGGCUCGCCGACCGCCUGCUCAGGGACUUUACAGACUUCUGCGCCAACAAAGACAACAGACUGCUCCACCUGUGGGACAGCUGCCAAGAGAAAAUGAACGCCAGCGCUCCCUGACAGGAAGCUGCAGGAAAACAGAAUGUAGUUCACAAAAACGUUAUCUAUC